UCGAAUCUCCGCCGCUCCGCCGUGGCGGCUCAACGUCCGGGCCUCACCUCCGCACCGACGAAGGCCUCGCGCGCGGGCGGCACCGGGCUCGGGCCGCCCCGCCCCCUCCACCUUCCCGACCGUCUGGCCCGCUUCGGCUUAGCCCGCCCUCGUGCGCUCCGCCCCCCGCAGCUUUCCCCAAGCCUCCGGGCCCAUGGCCAAGCGGCGUGCGGCUGAGCCGCUGACGUUCCACGUGCCCUGGAAGCGGCUCCUGCUCUGCGACUUCACCGAGGAGCCGCCGCCGCCGCCGCUCUGGGUCCCGCCGUCGGGGACCGCGCACCCCGGGCAGCCCCGAAAGCGGAAAAUCGACGCGGGGGCCAUGACAGAGCUUUCGGUUUCGCCCAGCAAGCGCCGAGGCAGCGGGGACAGCGACGUCCCGGGGGGCGAGGAGCCUGCAAGUCGCGGGCUGGAGACCGGCGAGCCGUCGCAGUCGCCUUGCCCGGGCGGCCCCGGGCCGGGGGAGGAGCUGCGGGACGCCCGGCCCCCGAGGGGCGGUGGCGACGACGAGGCGGGGCGCGCAGGGCCCCGGCGGGGAGACUGGGGGGCCGCACCGCGCCAGCACAAUGAAGAAUUUUGGCAGUAUAACACGUUCCAGUACUGGAGGAAUCCUUUACCACCUAUUGACCUGGCAGACAUUGAAGAUGUAAGUGAAGACAACCUGACAGAAACAACACUUCAGGGCAAGAAUGAAGUGGUUGAGAUUGAUAUGGAAUCCUGACAAAAAGAGCUGAAGAAGUGGAAUUCACUGAAUUUGAAGGAGAAAUCUUUAAGUGAAUUCAUGUAUUCUUAAGUUAUGGAAAAGUUAUUUUUCAUACUUGACAUGAUGUUUCCAAACCUGAAAAAUGAGGAAAGGUUGUUCUGAAGAUACAUGCCCGUUGUUACUACUGAACCUCCCAGUAGAGAUUUGUCAAGGAUAUAUUAAGUAUUUUGUGUAUGCAUUUUUUUAAAAAAGAGUUUUGUUUAGGUUCUGACUUUGAUGAUACUGAUCUUAUAAAAAGGAGU